AAGAAAAUCUCCGCCGCCGAGAGGACACCCUGUAAAGCCCUAGCAGCAGUCCUCUCCGUCCUCCUCUUUCCCUCUCCUGUGCGCCCCGAUGGAGAAAGAAGGGAUGCAAGGGAGCGCGGGUUUCCUCUACGAAACCCUCGACACCCCCUUCUUCUCUGCCGACCCUGACUCCGCCCCCGAUAACACCGAGUCCUAUGCCGUCUACCGCAACCAGAUAACCUCUCCAGCGGACUCCUUCGCCGACGUUCCCGCCGCCGACUACUUCUCCCUCGACGUCGCCGCCGACAACCGCCGCCGGGAAGAGACCCCGCCGCCGCCCCCCGCUUCCCGCGCCUCGGACAGGAACCGGGCCUUGGAGAUGGCCUGGUUCCGCGCUGGGAGCCGUUUCAAGAGCCCCAUGUUUCAGCUUCACAAAGAGAUACUCGAUUUUUGUGAUUUUGUCUCGCCAACUCCUGAAGAACAAGCCUCACGUUCUGCUGCUGUGCAGCGUGUUUUUGAGGUUGUCAAAAACAUCUGGCCGCACUGCGAAGUGGAAGUUUUUGGAUCAUUUAGGACGGGCCUCUAUCUACCAACAAGUGAUAUUGAUGUUGUGAUUUUGGAGUCAAAGGUGAAGACUUCACAAAUGGGUCUUUAUGCUCUUGCUAGAGCACUAUCGCAGAGAAGUAUUGCAAAAAAAAUGCAGGUUAUAGCUAAGGCUCGCGUGCCAAUUGUUAAGUUUGUGGAAAAGCUAAGUGGGAUAUCUUUUGACAUCAGUUUUGAUGUGGACAGUGGACCUAAAGCUUCUGAUUUUAUCAAGGAUGCUGUGAAAAAGAUGCCUCCUUUACGGCCCUUGUGCUUGAUUCUGAAGGUUUUUCUGCAGCAAAGAGAACUGAAUGAGGUAUAUUCAGGUGGUAUUGGUUCUUAUGCCCUUCUUGCAAUGUUGAUAGCAUACUUACAGGUGCAUUGGAGAGGACAAGAUAUACAGGGUUGCCGCCGAUCUAUGGAACAUAACUUGGGAGUUCUUUUGGUGAACUUCUUUGAUUUUUAUGGUCGCAAAUUGAACACUUGGGAUGUUGGUGUUUCUUGCAAUUCAGUAGGCACUUUUUUCUUGAAGAGUGAUAAAGGAUUUAUGAAUGCUGAACGACCAUAUCUUCUAUCCAUCGAGGAUCCACAGGCUCCAGACAAUGACAUUGGGAGGAAUUCUUAUAACUAUUUUAAGGUGAGGUCAGCCUUUGCAAUGGCUUACUCUUUACUGACAGAUACAAAAGCCAUCAUAGGCUUGGGCCUGAACAGGAGCAUUCUAGGGACCAUAAUUAGACCAGACCCAGUGCUUCUAGAGCGGAAGGGUGGAGAUAAUGGAGAACUUGCUUUCAAUAACUUGCUUCCAGGGGCAGGUGAACCAGUGACCCAGCAGUUUGAGAAUGGGAGUGAUGUAAUAUAUAACUGGCAAUUGGUGGAUGAUGAACCACUGCCAAGGGGGAGAGUACUUGCUGAUGAUGAUUGUAUAUUGUCUUCUAGGAGGAGGGCCUCAAAAGCAAAACAAAGAUCCAGUAAAAGUCAAAAGCUGGAAGUUUGGGGGGGUAUGAAUGAAGAAAAUGGUGUUAGGAGCGCAAGAGGUUUGAGAAAGCAGUGGAAAGGAUCUCGAGAUGGGGAUGAAUCUACUAGUAGCUUCCAUCAUCACUCAAGGCGAAGUCACUGAUUACUUGCAGCUAUGCUUCAGUGCAACAUGUUUGUUAAUUCCAUCUAGCAAGGUUGCAAGCGGUGACCCAGUAGACAGUGAAAUCAAAUACUGAGCUACUGAUAAGACUUGGUUGUGAAAGUGAUAAUAUAGACAACAAGGCCAACUAUAACAGGUGAAGUUUGCAUGUGCUAAUCAAAUGGUACCAAUCAAAGAGCCAUCUUUGCUUGUGGGGAGCAGCAGUGGCAUUCUGUAUCAUGGUUUUUUGGCUGCUACCAUUUAAUUUCAUGGAUAGAAUGUUUUAUCAAAUUUUUUUUUAAUUUGUAAAUAAAGACAUGAGCAUUUGAUAUGAUAAUGCUUUAUUUUUGGCGAAGGGAAAAAGGUAUUUCUUUAUCACAGCGAUUAUACUUUUGACCUCUGUUUAUUUUCUUGACAGCAUAAUAUAAUGCGGAAAAUGAUUGGCUCAAAAUCAGCUCGCUACUUUUUCAGCCAGCAGAGGUAAUUGAUGAUGAUGGGAUAUUUUAGAUAGUAGAGUGUGAAAGGUGGUGUUUCAUCAAAUAGUUUUUUUCCCCUUUUAUGUGUAAAAACAUACAUGAGCAUAUAAUAUGCUAUUACUUUGUUUCUGGCA